AUGUCGGAAACAGCGGAACCGAGCCCCGCCGGACAGCUUUGGGCCACCCGCGCUGUCGAACACGACGUCGAGUCCUUCUACUGGGUUAUCCUUUAUGUCGUUUUUAGGCGCGCCUUGGAGGACGAAGCAUUGCGAGCGACGGACCGUGCGACCCAGGAGGCGAUCAAGGAAGAGUUUGGCCGGCUCUUUUCAGCCCUGAACCCGGGAGAAUUGGCGCAGGAGCGGCGACUACUACUCUUGGUUGGUGAUGUGUUAGACCCAGACGGGAUGCAAAACCUACUGGAGUACGUGGAGAGCCACUGCCGGCCGUUGUCGGGGUUACUUCUGGCCGCGUGGAGGGCCCUCCGGGAAUGCGCAAGCUCCGAUGCGGAUUCGAAGAACAUCCCGGAGUCGCGUAUACAAGAAGAGGAGGCCGAAUUCGCAUUCCAGAAGGAACAUGGCCUGCCGUUGCCAUUGUAUACCCCACGAUCGAAGAAGCUGGCGAUACCGACCAUAGUCUACCGCCGCCUGUGCCUCAGCAUUCAACUAAUGCUCGAGCGUCUCAGCAAAAUCCAGACUAGCCUCGUGAAGCACGGCGCUGCCGUGAUCAGGAUGACUAUGAUACUGGGCAAGCAUAGCGACGACUCUCAGGAGACCAUCCUCGAGCAAGACCUCGACACCGAGGGCUGCGAGCCAUCUUCAACCGCUGUCCCAGGCUCCUCGAUGAAUGAGCGGCCCAGCCCCUCGAUAUCUCGGGUGGACACCGCACCCAUUUCUCUACAGCAGAGCAUCCCACGAGAGACUGUCGUAACUCCAGUUACGAUGUUCUUCAUGGCGACGAAGCUUCUAAAUGUUAUCGUGAAAGCAGCUAGAGCGCACCCCGGAGAGACGGUCUGCAUCCCCCAUACGACCGCGAGCGACCUAGAAUCCUUCUGCUGGGUGAUCAUGUACGUCGUCUACCGGCGCACCAUCGACGACUCCGGGCUCCAGGCGGAAAACAGCACGGCGCACGCAGAGAUCACGCACGAGUUCGCCCGGAUUUUCUCGGCCACAAGUAUAGAAGGACUCGCGCAGUCGCGACGGCGACGACUCUCGUAUGGGCAGGGGUUGGGAUGCUACUGGGGCGAACUUGGGAUAGAGAAGCUGCUGGAGCACAUGGAGCACCACUGCCCGCCGUUGGCGGGGUUACUUCUCGCUGUGUGGAGGGCACUGUGGGAGUGCGCAAGCUCCGAUGCGGGUUCGAAGAAGAAGAUCCCGGAGGAGCGUUUGCAACGGGAGAAGACGCAACUGGCAUUCCUGGAGGAACAUGGCCUGCCGGUGCAGUAUACCCCACGAUCGGAGAAGCCGGCGAUAUCGACCAUGGUCCACCGCCGCCUGUGUCUCCACAUCCAACUGAUGCUCAGAGAAUUCGACCAGGCUUCCUAA